AGAAUGUCUCAUUGCUAUACCGCAGUUUCAUGUGGCACAUCUGCCCCACAGUGCGUGUGAAUGCAAGCUUGUAGUUAUUGCACGAGACGACAUUCGCUCUUUGCAUUGUCAAAUGAAAUUCUUUUCGCGUGAAAUCUUUCGCCAAAGUCGGAAGUUAUUGGAAUUUAAUAUACCUAGAGAAAAGGAAUACAGAAGAAGCCCGUUUCGUUUGUGGGCGAGUCUAAUAAAAACAAGGAAUUUAUCGCAAAUUAACCGCCCCAGGUUUCGUACAUUUCAUAUUCGCACCAUGAGUUCGGGUGUUGCGUCGACAGUACAAAAAGAUGAUGAAAAUAGCUUGCAAACUGAACAUAGUGACAUCAACGAUAAGCAAUUGAAUAUUCCAGAUAACAACUUGGAGGCGAAAAAGGACGAUCAGGCGUCUGCCACAUCUUCAAAAAAUACAGACAUUUCCAAAACCAAACCUAAGUAUGAAAAUGCUCGUAAGCGCAAGGCAAAACGCAGUGCUUCACAAAAACAAUUACAUAUGACCUAUAAACGUCAAAAAGUCACAAUGGAAGACGCCAUGACUGAAACAAAAUAUUAUUUUGAAAAUGGAUUCCGAAAAGUUGUGCCAUAUGAUCAUAAGUAUGAUACGUUUUGUAAAGGUAGAUGGGAAGGAAAAUCGCUGAGAGAAAUCUACACAUCAGAAUUUCGUUUACACCCUGUUCAAUUUUAUGAAAAGUCUAUAGAAGAGAAAAGACUUAUGGUUAAUUUGGAACCCAUUGAAAGCCUGGAUCAUGUACUGAAAAGCAAUGAUCUUCUAACGAGUGUAGUUCACAGACAUGAAUGUCCGGUCACAGACGCAAAGUUUGAAAUAAUUUUAGAAGAUUCAGAAUGGUUUGUCAUUAACAAACCUUGUAGUAUCCCGAUACAUCCUGCUGGAAGGUUCCGGUACAAUUCAAUCAUAUCCAUAUUAGCGAAGGAGUACAAUAUGAAAAAAUUAUUCAGUAUUCAUAGAAUUGAUAGGAUGACGUCUGGAUUAUUAUUAUUUGCUAAAACUCAACAACUUGCUCACAAACUGCAUGACCAGUUUAAACAAAGAAAGGUGCAAAAAGAAUAUGUCUGUCAUGUAGUCGGUGAUUUCUCCAAGUUCAAAUUACCUCCCAAAAACGAUCAUCGAAUUAAAGUUGAAAAUAACAUUGUUACAAUCAGUGAACCUAUAAAACUAUUCGACCCAAAAAUUGGAACCUCAGUGGUGAGCCGGGGAAGCCAAGCUAAAGAAUGUGUGACUGACAUUGAAUGCCUUCAUACGGAUGGAAAAACGAGUUUACUCAGUUGUAAACCUAAAACCGGCAGAACACAUCAAAUCAGGGUACAUUUACAAUAUCUUGGCUACCCGAUAUCGAAUGAUCAAAUUUAUAACAGUCCUGCCUGGGGAGAUGAACGUUUCACACUCGGCCCGAUCAAUAAAAAUUUAGGUGACGUGAAAACAGAAUUAUCAGAAAGAAAAAAAUGGCUUGUUUUAAUGUCAAGUGUUCAUAAGACUAUGGCUGAAGACGAAAAAUUAAAAUCAGGAAGAAAGAAUCCAGCGAAAAAUGAUAAAGAUCCAACAACAGCAAGCUUAAUCCAGCAGAAAAAAUUCGAAGAUGAGGGAUUUGUACCCUACAAAGCUGAUUGUGAGGAAUGUAUAUACCCAUUACCUGAUCCUAGUCCAGAAAACAUGGUCAUGUUUCUACAUGCUUACAAGUAUAAAGGCCCAAACUGGAGUUUUGAAACUAAACUUCCCGAAUGGGCCGCAUCCCGCUUGCAGGGGAAGACUAAAUGAUCUUGCCACUAUGCCUCUGUUUGAAGACAUGACAGAGUCAAAAGCCUGUUUGUGGGCGCAAUGAUCUAAUGCAGUGAUUCUUAUACGGUGGGGCACGCCCUACUAGGGUGGCUGGGACAAUCUUUUAAGGAGGAAGCUAAUUAAAAAUAUUUGUUAGAUUGGUUUUGUCUGCCUUAUUUUGGAUAUUUACAUUUCUGCAUUUCGGAUAUUUACAUGCGUGUUUUUUUAAUAAAACAUACUUUCUCCUCACUAUCUGUUAUUUGUAGCUUAUUGUUAGCUAGUUAUCUUUUGAGAUGGAGACCGAGACUUGGCAAAUUCUAAAAGAGGGCGCGGCUUAAAAAGUUCAAGAACCACUGGUUUAGUGUUUAAUGUGUUGGACUUGGUUAUGAUAUGACCGAGUCAUGGGUUAAAAACUCUUUGAGUUCAAAUCCCAUUCCACUAUGUCACCAUGGAUGUAAUAAAAUGGGGUACUCCGAAGUAUGUGAACCAAGAUGGCAGACACAGGAACGUAGUAUGUGCACCAGUUUAGGGUUAGGCCAUAAUUUUAUUCCAAUUUUCCUUAUUUUAGUUACAUUACGAGUUCGGGGACUCCUGUAGUAUUUGUACCUGAAAUUAUAGCCUAACCUGGUACACAUACUACAUUCCAGUGUCCGCCAACUUGGUUCACAUACUUCAGGAGUACCUAAAAUGGGUACACAAAGCCGAACCGAAAAGUUUAAAAAAAAGCUCCAGACCUUUGAAGUACAGAGCCGUGUAUGGGGUGACAAGCGUAUAAAGGGUUCUAUGAUGAAAAUAUCUGUUCCUAAACUGGUAUUGAUUAUUCUGCAAAUAUCCUUUAUGAAUAUAAAGUAUUUCAACAUGGAUUUUUUAUUGGACAAGCUCUCAACGGGGUUAGCAGUUACUAAUUUUUGUAUGUUUAUUAGAACUUAGCUCUAAUUUGUUUUGCUAUUUCCAACAAACUGUUCUGCUGUAUAUUAACGUAUCUACUUCAAUGUGCAUGGGAAUUUCAUUUGAUUAAUUUAAUUGAAGUUUUGUCCUGUGAUAUGCUGAGUGAUUGAAAUUAGGCAAUUGUCAGGGAUGGCAAAGACUGUGCCGUUGUCGGUCAUGUGGGCAACAAAGUAGGCCGUGUUUUGUCCUGAAGUGUCCGAAUUAAGAAACUUCCUUUGUGCACAUAAUUUGGGAGCACCCAUUAUUGUUUCGAAACCCAAACCAUUGAACUCAACAAACUUUUGCAAAACCUCUAUAAAGUGUAACAAGUUUAAUGAAGUGGCAAAACCUA